UCAUAUCAAUAUCAAAAAGCUUUUCAAACAAAACCUUCUCUGUAAAAAAGAAGGAAAACCAUUGUACUCGAAGCUUUCUCUAAAUAGCAAAAAACACAACAAGAACAAGAACAAAACAAGAACUAACUGUUCUGUUCCUUUUUCUAUUCACCCAGAAACCAUGUCAAGAAUCAAUGAUCAUUUCCAGAUUUUACAGAUAAAGACAUGUGAACUCAAGGUCAACAUUCAUUGUUAUGGAUGCAAGGAGAAGGUCAAGAAAAUACUCAGAAAAAUAGAAGGAGUUUACUCUGUAGAUAUUGAUUCAGAUCAACAAAAAGUUAAAGUGUCUGGAGAUGUUGACUCCACAACCCUAAUCAACAAGCUUGUCAAAUCAGGAAAGCAUGCAGAACUUUGGCCAACCAGUGACGAAAAUUUGAACGAAAACCAACAACUUUCAAGCUUCAUCAAUGGCGGAAACAACCAAAACCAGAUGCAAAAUCUGAUCGCAAGUCUGAAUGCUCCAAAAAGUCAACGUAUGUUGACUCCUCCUGGUUAUCAUCGUACUGGUCUGGAAGAGCAGAUGGCUUUUGAAAGGUAUCUGAAGCAUGGAAUGGAUAUGGAGAAUAAUCAUCGACACAUUGGAUGGGUUGAUAGAGGUAAUGGAAGUCUAAUGGGAGAGAAUAGUUCUGGUUUUAUUGACCUUGAAGGUAGUCAAUUACAUGGAGGUUUUGGUGGAAGCUUUAAUGGCGGAAUUAUGCCAACUUUCCAUGAUCAUGGAUCAAGUUUGCCGAUGAUGAACAGGAAUGAUCAGAGCGUUCAUAGUGGGAUGGGGAAUGUGAUGGUGCAUGAUAACAUGUACAUGCAUCAACCCCAGAUAAUGAAUCAUGCGUAUCCAGUGUUUCAUCACGCACAUCGUCCUCACUAUUACUAAUUUGAUUUUUGUUGUUCCGAAAAUAGUUAUUAUAAGUAGUUUUAUGGGCAUGUAUUAAUACUAAUCUAGUGGAAUUGACGGGUAAGACUUUAAUCCAGUGGACUGGAUAGAUAUAUUUUUCUAGAGAAA